CAAUAUGUAUAUUCGUUGGUUGUGGCCUAAUUAUGGAAAUGCGCUUGCUUUUUGGGUUGAACUCAUUUGCAUUUCCCACUGGUUACUGCUUUGCUGUCGAAACUUCUUCUAAUCCGUAUACCCAAUAUGCUCCGGAGGAGUCCGAAGAGAGCGGGCUUGCUGCGGGGGAUGCCCGUGAAAAUUACGAAAUCAAGACGAGCCACAAAACGCUGCAAACGAAAGCCGGAGAUGAAGAUGAAGAUGGAAAAUCAUCGGCUGAUCGUCUCAUAACCAUCUGCUCUGCCACCCCUUCGAUCUCUGCGGCCACAGAGCGAUCGACCGGUCAAGCUGAUAUCUGUAUAAAAGCCAUCGACUGCAGGGAAUUGGUCAUCAGUUAACUCAACGCUUUCCUCGGCUUCGUGAAGUUCCUUAGUUUUCGUCCCCCCAAAGCAAGAAACUUCCAGCAAUGAAGAUCUUCGUGUGUUUCCUGGCUGCUUUGGUCGCCACCAGCUCGGCUGGCUUUAUUGGAGGCGGCUCCGGCGGUGGCGGUGGUGGAGGCUACAGUUAUGGCGUUGGCGGAGUGGGUGGCGGUGGUGGCCAUCAGGAGGUGAAGACCAUCAAGGUUAUCCACCAGGAGGGCGGCGGCUACUCAGGCAGUGGACAUGGCGGCGGCUACUCAGGCGGUGGACAUGGCGGCGGCUACUCAGGCGGCGGCUAUUCCGGCGGCGGCUAUUCCGGCGGCCAUCAGGAGGUGAAGACCGUCAAGGUCAUACACCAAGAGAGCGGCGGACAUGGACAUGGCGCCGGCUACUCCGGUGGACAUGGCGGCGGCUAUUCCGGCGGACAUCAGGAGAUCAAGACCGUCAAAGUCAUCCAUGAGGAGGGCCAUGACCUGGGCGGCGGUGGCGGAUAUGCCGGCGCACACGAUCACGGCUACGGCGGACAUGGACAUGAGAAGGUGAAAACCAUCAAGGUUAUCCAUCAGGACGGCGGCGCACAUGGACACGGCGGUGGUUACUCCGACGGACACCAGGAGGUGAAGACUGUUAAGGUCAUCCACCAGGAGGCGGGUGGUCACGGCGGUUUCUCCGGCGGGCAUGGCGUUGGCUAUUUCGGAGGACACGGUGGCGGCUACUCUGGUGGACACCAUGAGAUCAAGACUGUGAAGGUGAUCCAUGAAGAAGGCCACGUUCUCGGUGGCGGCGGUGGCUAUUCCGGCGGACUAGACCACGGAUAUGGCGGACAUGGACAUGGACACGGACACGAGGAGGUAAAGACCAUUCAGGUGAUCCACGAAGAAGGCGGGCAUAGCCACGAUCAUGGCCUCUCCCACGGAGGUUUUGUUGGCGGUCACGAGGAGAUUAAGACCAUCCAGGUGAUCCACGAAGAAGGCCACUCACAAGGACACGGUGCGGCUCCUUUGAGCAACGAGUACCUACCACCUGUGUUGUCGGAACCCCAGCCCGGGUACCUGCCCCCAUCCGGUAGCUGGAAAUAAAUCUCUCCCCCGAGCACUCGCUAUGUGCUUCGGUCUGUGUCAUAGUAAGUCCCGAGAUUCCCCUUCCCUACUCCCUCCCGCAAAACUCUGUUAAGUAGCUUAAGACAUUUUUUUCUUCACAUUUGUUAUUUUUUUACUGUUUUACGAAUAUCCAUUGUACCUCUCACUUUAGUUG